UGACAAAGCUGGCUGAUGCAAUUUGCGAUUUGACAGGAGCAACCUGCCAGGGAUUUAUAACCAAGUUUAGUAUCAAGUGUGACUAGUAUUUUUUUAAAUAACCAUGGAUGAUGAUAUGAUAUUCGAUCCUUCUCUUAAGAAAAAGAAGAAGAAGAAGACUGGCUUCGACAUGGACGCCGCACUCGCGGAACAGGGUGAGAGCACGAGCAUGGAAGCUCCCGUGGACACGGGUGACGUCGACGUGCCAGAGGACGAUAACCUUGAUUUAGACAACUUCGGUAAAAAGAAGAAGAAGAAAAAGAAGACCUUUAACUUGGAAGAUAUCGAAAAUGCUUUGCCCGACACGAGAGAAGAGAGGCCUCCGGCCGAGGAGCCCCUGGAGGAGGAAGAGGUGGUGGACGAUCUGGACUUGGACAUAGACUUCACGGCCAAGAAAAAAAAGAAGAAGAAAACCGUGGACGAGCUCAUGGCGGAGGAGGAGGGUCGCGACGAGGAGAAGGAGAACGUGGAGGACGUGCACGGGGUCUGGGUGGGCUCCGACCGCGACUACACGUACGACGAGCUGCUCGAGCGCGUCUUCGACAUCAUGCGUGAAAAGAACCCCAGCAUGGUCUCCGGCAAGAAGCAAAAAUUCAUCAUGCGACCCCCUCAAGUUGUUAGAAUUGGCACAAAGAAGACAUCUUUUGCCAACUUUACAGAAAUUUGCAAAACACUGCAUCGUCAGCCUAAGCAUUUACUAGACUUUUUACUGGCCGAGUUAGGUACCAGCGGCUCUGUAGAUGGCAACAGCCAGCUUAUCAUCAAGGGUCGCUUCCAGCAGAAACAAAUAGAGAAUGUGUUACGUCGGUAUAUCAAGGAAUAUGUCACAUGCCAUACUUGUCGCUCCCCUGAUACCAUUUUACAGAAAGAUACUCGGUUGUUCUUCCUUCAGUGCGAGACCUGUGGGUCCCGUUGCUCCGUCGCUAGCAUCAAGUCUGGUUUCCAGGCUGUUACAGGCAAGCGUGCAGCCAUGCGUGCAAAGACUGCAUAGAACAUUAGUGCUUAGUGAUAAAACAAAUCACGGAUCUGGGGUACAUGCAGCUAUCUAUCUUCCUGUUCCUGGCUUCAUUUCUACUGUAAAUCUGGUGCUGAUCUUUGUAUAUGAAUGCCUGUGCAAUUGCAAGUUAGGUAGAUAUGAAUAAAUAAUAUAUGAAGAUAAUAUGUAUCUUCAAAUUUGUAUUAUGAUGAAUAUUAUUAAAUAUUUGGUUUUAAGCAG